UUGUUUGGUGUCGCGACCGAAGCCAAUGCACUUCCAACAAACGACUUCUCGAACCCUGACGCGCCGCCAACCUCAAAAAGCGAAAUACCAUUCUUGCAUGGUAGCGACUUUUUACAAGGACGGAGUCUCAAUGAACAGAGUAUUCCUGCCCGACCUCAACUUAACUACGAUGUCUUAAAGAACUCCCUCGAUACCUCUGGUCUCUUCGCACCCGACCUCGACCCCCCUCCAUCAGCGAAACAAGACGCCGUCGUCGAACCGCAAGCGAGAUCUCCACCUGUUCCGUUGCAACAGCAGAGCUUAGGUGCAUCUCACGAUGCGAAUGGCGUCGCACCGCCUCCCCAGACACCUGCGGGCCUGGUAGUCCCGCCCACACUUCCUGCGAAGCCUCCGACGCCCUCGACGCCUCCGAUUGUUGCCCCGACGCCGACUCGAUCCGAUGUUGCGAAGCCGCCCGCCGCUUCUGUUCCAGCUCCUCCAACAAUCCCAUCAACUGUCCCGAUAAAAGACCCUUCGCAUGCGUCGCGACAAGAUGCUAGCGACCCGGUCGAUGGCGACAGCCUCGAGAAGAACGCCCCGUCACCUUCACGUCCUGAGCCGAGCGCUAUCUCAAAGCAGGCCGAAUCGAAGCCCGUCGACGAGCCUCGGGUAACUACUAUCCCAACAGCUCAUCAGCCUCCGGCAGCACCUCCUACGGAGACCAAGAAAGCUGAAGAUGCUAUCACCUUACCCGCCAAGCUACCGCCAGAGACUGCACGUGCCGUGGAUGCCCUUUCAUCCCCAGGCUCGACAACGCAGACCGCCGCUACCCCCGCUGUUCACGACGUCUCUACAGACACCAGCCCUGACAAUGAGGGACCCCAUUAUGUUGAGCGUACAGAGGCGAUGGAUGAGGUGGAAACUGCAGAAAAGGCGGAUGAGGAGUCCUCAGGAGCUGAGCCGGCAGCUUCAUCGGACGCCGAUAGAGUUCCUGAUGGGCCGGAAGCGCAGCUCCUCCAGGAAUCCAUGGCGAUGGAUUCUACACCUUCCGCACCAGUAUUUGAACCCCCUACCAAGGUGCCGUCACCACCGUCUACAUCCAAAGUCAAUGAUGCCCCUGAUCACCCUGUUGUGCAAGAGUCGGAGGUAAAGGAAGCUGAACCUGUGGAGCCCAAGUCCCUGACUCCCAGCGUGGCCCCAGAAACACCCGUUCCAGCAGUGGUCGAACCAAGUUCAGCGCCUGGGGUCAAGGAGAUUCCGGAUAGUCAAGAAGAGACUUCGAGUAUGGACCGGAUGGAUGUGGACCAGCCAAACUCUAGCCAAGCAGAGGAUAAGGUUUCCUCGCCACAAGCACAAGAGGUCCCUGAAUCCACCUUGGUAGAACCGAAAACUCUUCAGCCCCAACCGCAGGCGCCGUCAGAGACUCCGAAAGAUCCUGAAAGAGCUGUCACUCGAACGUCCUCAGGCGCAAUGAGACAGAAGUCGGUAUCUGAGAUUCUAGGAGAGUCACAGCCGGAUGCCGUUGAGACUGAGAGUGUCAGGAUGACUUCGAACCAGCUCACACCAGUAACAUCAACUCCCCAGUCUCCGGCUGCAAGGUCCAGGACGCUCACCAACAAGAAGAAGGACAAGGCGAAGAAAAUUCCAUCGGCGGUGGUUUUUGGCAAAACAACCAAGCGGUCAGCUGAAAAGUCCGUCGUGCCCACUCAGCAGAAGCAGAGUUUCCUGCCCACCGACGACUACUUCACGCCACUCUUCGUACAGGGCUUUACGCAAACAUCGAAGUGGAUGAAGCCAAUCGAGGUCGUACUCAACCAGUCUCACAAGACGGUUUCAACUCCGGAUGCUUAUGUGGCCAUUCAAGACAACCAGGCAUGUAAGGUUUUGCGGCGUGUCUACCACCUUCAACAGGCCGACAAGUGGUCAUUGCGACAACCCAAGAGAUGCCCGGAGCCAGUACGACCCGAGUCCCACUGGGAUGUCCUGCUCAAGGAGAUGAAAUGGAUGAGGACCGAUUUCCGCGAGGAGAGGAAGUGGAAGAUGGCGGUUGCACGCAAUCUCGCCCAAGACUGCGCUGAAUGGGUUGCGGCUAGCCCGGAAGAACGCAAAGAGCUCCAGGUCCCUGCUUACAUACCUCCGAAGCCGCAGGUGGUUGAGGCGGAGGUCGAUACGUCCAUGGCUGACGACUCGAUGAACGCUUUCGACAAUCAGACGCCUGAGCUGAUUCCAUCAGGCGAAAUGGACUCUCCCGAGCAUGUUGAUGAGCUUCGCGAGGAGGUUCUUGAGACGGUUGCGCCGUCGGCAAUCUUCGCUCUUGAGGACGACGAUGUCGUUUUCGCGUUGCGUAGUUCGCCCACCGCAGACCAGCUACUCCAGGAGCUGCCGAUGUAUGGCAUGCCACUGAAAGUUCCCUCUUCGGACUUUUCCGGUCCGGAGGUCGACCCUGAUGCGCACUGGAGAAGGCCAGCUCUUCCUCUCAGUAAGUAUGUUGAAGGCGAGAUGAGACUAUCAACAGAUGGUCCUCCCCGGAAGAGAAGUCGAUUCCAGUACGAAGAGGAAGAGGAUGACGACGAUGAGAAGGUUGUGUAUGGUGGAUUCCAGCCUGCGAAGAGAAUGAAGAUACCGCCCCAGAACACCGAUGUGGCUCUCUUCAAUCCUGAGAUGAAGCCGAUUAGGGAUCGUCUUCAUGCUGGCCAUCAGUUCCGCCCUCCCGCUGAGCAUCAAAUGCCUAUGCAGAGCUUUUACGAAUGCCGCAGUCCGUCGCAAUGGACCUUGGCCGAAGACGAUGAGCUGCGCAGUCUCGUCCGCGAAUAUUCUUAUAAUUGGUCGCUCAUCUCCAGCUUACUCACCACGCGGUCUGUGUUUGCUUCAGGGGCGGAGAGGAGGACGCCGUGGGAAUGCUUUGAGCGAUGGAUCGGUCUUGAGGGUCUGCCAACGGACAUGCAGAAGACGCAGUACUUCAGGGCGUACCAGAAUAGGAUCGAAGCUGCGAAUCGUGUCAUUGCGCAACAGAACCAGCUUGCUCAACAGCAACAAGCUCAGCAGCAGCAGCAGCAGCAACAACAGCAACAACAAGCUGCUGGCGCAACAACACCCGCGACACCGGUUGCUAGGCGCAGACCAUCGACACCGCUCCGGGUUGAACGACGACGCAACCAGAAGCACCUGACGUUGAUUGAUGCGAUGAGGAAGCUUGCCAAGAAACGGGAGACUGCCGCCCAGAAGCAGCAACAUGCUUCUCAGAUGGCAGCAAUGCGCAAGGCCAACGAGUCAGCUCAACCCAGAGGACCGACCAAGACGCCGAGGGAUUACAGCUUGAUGAGGUGGGAGCGUGACCAGCAACUCGCUGAGAAGGUGGCUCAGUUCCACCAGCGGCAAGAAACUCAGCGAAGGAUGGCUAUGCAACAAGCACGUGUCCAAGGUCAAGCUGCACAAAUGGCGUCAACUCCUGGUGCUGGGCAGAUGCAACCGAACGGAGCUGCUGCAGCAGCGGCGGUCGCGGCGGCGGCCCAGGUCCAGGCCCAGGCCCAGGCCCAGGCGAACGGUAACAUGGCUCGUCCUAACAUGCCGAACCAACUUGCUGUUCCAGGCCAAGGCCGUGGCCGCAUGCCGAUGCAAGCUCCAACAGCCAACAUGGGAGGUGUUUCCGCCCAUUUAAACAGUCUUGUGCCCCCGAUGCCAAUAAAUGGUGUAUCGCAGGCGCAAUUGCAGGCUGCGAUGGCUCAGCAGCAUAGGAUGCCCAUGCCGACCGGUCAACCGGACCGCAAUCUUCUGGCAGAAGCGCGUCGAAUUUCAGACCAACAGCGCCAAGCAGUUGCGCACAUGCAGCAAGCUCAACAGGUCCACCAGCAACCUCAUCAACAGCAGCAACAACAACAAGGUCAGCAACAGCCUCAACAGGGCCAGCAAAGCCAGCAACAGAUGCAUCAAGGCACACCAGCCUCGCAAUCCCACUCGCCGCCUAAUAUGCGUCCUGCGGUCGCUGUGAACGGUGCAAACGGCGUUAACGGCGUCAACCAGCAGAAUUUCUUAGCCAACGCACAGGCUAUGAUGGCUCAGUACAAUGCUGCUAAUGGCGGCGGAAUGUCAACACCGCCUGCUGGUGGUCUACAUAUGCCGAACGGUACAUCGGGCUCUCCACGUCCACAGGUCCCACCCGGCAUCCAGGCGCAGCUCAAUGCCCUUCAAGCACAGUUCCAGGCUAAGAACCCGAACAUGUCGGCGAACGAGGCUCGUCAAGCUGCCACUGAUCAUCUGACCAGGCUCAUGAUAGAUCAGCGUCAAAGGAUGUCGCAGAAUGCCAUGAACGCGGCGGCUGGUGGCGGUGGUGCGUCGUCUCCAGGCAUGCCUAAUGGCAGCAGCAGCAGCAACAGCAAGCUGCUCAGGCUGCUGCGCAAGGGGGUCAACCGAAUGGACAGCAUCAACAGCAACACCAUGGGCAACAACAGCAAGCGCAGCAUCACCCUCAACAACAGCAACAGCACGCCCAGCAUCACCAGCAGCACGGCCAACAGCAACAUUCUCAGCAACAUCACGUUCAGCAGCAACAUCAGGCGCACUCACGGGCUGCAUCCCAGUCGCACUCUACUCCGCAACCUCAGCAUACUCCACGACCUCAGUCUACUCCUCAAUCUCAACCUACGCCAACACCACGACCUCAAUCUACCCCACGACCUCAGUCAGCACAGCCUCAGCACCAAUCUCAGCCCCAGCCACAACAACAGCAGCCGCAGCAGCAAACGCCACAGCAACAACAGGCGCAUGCACUACGUCAACAACAAGCCCAGCAACUGCAACAGGCUCAGCAAGCUCAGCGAGCCCAACAGGCUCAGCAGGCUCAACAGGCUCAACAGGCUCAGCAGGCUCAGCAAAACCAACAGGCGACUCAGCAUAACCAGCAGGCCCAGCAAAAUCAGCAGCCCCCGCAAGGCCAGCAUACCCCGGCCCAGCAAACGCAGACGCCACAGCCUCCUCAGACGCCGCAAGCCCAGCAAGCCCAGCAAACAAAGCAGGUACCGCAGCCUCAGCAAGCUCCGCCAGCUCCGCCAGCUCAACCAGCUCAACCAGCCCAGCCAGCCCAGCCAGCCCAGCCAGCCCAGCAGCCCACUCCACAGCCUGCAGAACAACAAGCGCAGCAGCAGCAGCAGCAGCAGCGUCAGGCCAGCGGAAGCGCCACACCAUCUGCUACACCGGCAGCCUAAGCAAUAUUGGUGGAGAUAA